AUGCGUACUGCGAUAACAAAUCCAACAUUCUUAGACUUUCAAGACAACAUUUCUCAGGUUCUUUCUGCUCUGCUUCAUUCUCCUCCACACCUUUACCUUCAGAUCUCUUCCAGAAUUUACCAUCUUAUAAAACCCUCACCGUGUUCUACGCUUGUGACCCACGUUCGUCAUUUCCCUGGGAAUUUCACAUGUCCAGUGGCAGUGACAGGUCUUGGCUCUUUAAUUCAAAACUCUACAUAUCAUAAACUUUGUGAUGAGAGUUUCACUGUCACGGUUCCUACGAGUUUCGUUCCAGAGGAAGAAGCUCUGAAUUUAACCAAUUUGGAAAGUGUUUUGAGAAAAGGAUUUGAGGUGAAGUUGAAGGUGAUAAAUGAGAUAUUUUGUCAAGAAUGUUUAUCCUCAGGUGGAAGCUGUGGCUUUCAAUUAUCAAGACAGGUUUGCUACAAGAACGUUUCAGGAUCAAGAAUCAGUUGCCGUACUACAACUUAUAUAUCUGGUGGUACAAACAUCAAGAAUAGCUCCACUCUGAUAAUAAUAAGUACAGUUGCAGGGUCAAUAUUAGCUUUAUUUGUGGUGAUGAUUCUAGCAUUCUUGUUAUGGGAGAGAAGGAAAAAAAAUGCUCUAAGAGAUCAGAACCUUGAUAUGUUAGUAACGCUGAGACGGUAUAGUUAUAGGGAAAUCAAGAAAAUUACAAAAAGUUUUACAGAAGUUGUUGGAAGAGGAGGAUUUGGAACUGUAUAUAAAGGGAAGUUACGCGAUGGUAGUAAAGUUGCGGUGAAAGUCUUGAAGGAUUCAAUGGGAAACUGUGAAGAUUUUAUUAACGAAGUGGCAAGCAUGAAGUCAUUGUUUCGAAUAGCGUUUUUGGACUGUACUGUUUAA